AUGGCCACAAUCGUUUUUAGGUACUUACUCUUUCACCAACUCCAUCGAGAUUUCCUCAGCGGUCGCCUCAUUGCCCCUCACGAAGACCUCAUUCGCCUUGCUGCAUUCUUCAUUCAAGUGGCUCUGGGAGAUGCCUCAGAGGUGACAGCAUCCACUCCCAAUCCUCAAUCCUCGUUCGAUUCAACCAAUACAGAAUCCCCCACUUACCUAUCCAACUACCGUGCUCUCCACAACACCUCUUCUAAAAAAAACGAGCUGGAGAUUUUGGAAGAACAUCGAAAACUUGAAGGCGUGCUACCAAGUGAGGCUGCUGCCGAGGCAAUUCGUAUCGCUUUGCGGCAACUCUCCUACGGACUGGAGCCGUUUAAAGUGUUGCCGACGAAACGGAGGAACUCCCGUCCUGUGCACAUUGGGUUGACCCACGAGGGAGUUGCCGAAUUUUUUGGAAGCAAGCGGGCCCAUCUCUUCAAGUGGGCCGAAAUCGAUCAAUUCUUCUAUUCUGGAAAGAAUUUCAUUCCUGCCCAUGAGAUAACUGAAUACAAAUGCGAGUCGCGAGCGAUUGCUUCAGAAUUAUGGAGCUGGGCUCUCGAGAGGAAGCUUUUUUUCACUCUCGACAUCACCAAUGCUAUUCCCACACCACCCUUUUGUACGCUUUUCUCAAAUAAGUUUUGUAUGUUCGAUUUUGGUCAUUUCCUUUUUGCCACAAAUUUUGGUGGUUUCGAGGAAAUUGGCCUUCUUUGUAGGUUGGAAAAGUCCUCUCUCGUGAAGCCAAUAACGACGAAGUACAAGCUGUUCUCGCGCCGACAUACAUUCACUUUCGCGUAA